CACCAACCCAACACAUCUUCGAAACGAUCCUAGCAUGAAUCUCAUUAGGCUGCAAUAUCGUUCAUGGCAGCAUUUCGCCGCACGACCCGAUCACCAACAUCGCAGGCAAUCAUAAUGCUGAGUCGUCCAUUGUUUUCAUAACGUCGCUCUAUCGAAUACUCCGACAAACACUCUCCUCCAAAAUAGCAUUUUUGCCAAUCAUGACUAGUUCCACGGCCAAUACGAGGGCUGAGCCCGACAUGUUCCAGCACUCUAUUCUGCCAAAAGAGAAGGGCUCUUUCCGAUUGAUACAGGUUCUACCUGAUCUUUCCGUUGACGGCCUUCUCGACUGCUACCUACAGAAUGCGCUUGUUCAAGAAUCGAAUUAUGUCUGUCUCUCUUAUACGUGGGGUCAACCAGGUGACGAGUGCUCUAUCAAGCUCGAUGGAAAACUAUGUUAUGUGCGCCGAAACCUCUACGACUUCCUCCAAGCGGCACGCCAGCGUCUCACAUUUUGCACUUUAUGGAUAGACGCGUUAUGUAUAAACCAAACCGACGUCGAGGAAAGAAACCACCAAGUUCAGCAGAUGGGUAAUAUCUUUGCUGGCGCAAGAAUGGUCGUGUCGUGGCUAGGCAAUAAUCUGGAGACGCAGACGUUUGUUCAGACAAUGGGACUGGAGUUCGACCGCCAGGGUUGGAAAACCUGGGAAGAUUUUUACCACAGCAAGCACGGUGAUUCACCUCAGGGGAGCAGCCCCCAGAAAGUAGAGCCGAACUUCAGCAGUCGCUCCGUCCCAGCCUAUAAUCCGAUUGAAGAGAAUACAUACGACUCCAAGAUCCCCGACUCUUCACUCAUUCAGAAACAUUACGGUCGCGUUGCAAACAAUGCGUACUGGAAAAGGGCCUGGGUCACACAAGAAAUACUGCUAGCAAACGCGCUGGUAGUGAUGGCUGGACAGCACGUCAUCGGUUUCCUGUCACUCGCGCACGCCUGUAUGUACACGAUAAAGAAGUUACCUGAAGACUCACUCAUGGAGUAUGCGUACCUAUUCUUCAUGCAACAGGGCAAAUACACCGAGGAUAGCCCCAGCCGCUCGAUCUUGCAAAACGGGAAGUGGCAGGAUACCCAUGGACUGCUCGCCCUCCUACGAUGGUUCACAGGAAAAUGUUGCGCACUUCGACGGGACCGCAUUUACUCCUUGCUAGCGCUUUGCAAGGGUGGCGACAAAAUCAGGGUCGACUACGAUGGACGAGAUGUGGAGCUUAUACUACAAGUCCUCGAUGCAUGCAAAGAAGAAAUGUGCUUCUGCACUGCCUCUACCGUUGCUCGUAUUGUGAAGGGACCUGACUUCUCCCAUCUGGAAAAAGAAGCUUACGCUGUCACUGGAACGCAUGACUUCAGGCUCCAGGCAUACAGCUCAGACCUGGAAGUUUGUCCAUCAUGCUCUCAGCAGGUAUCCCGAUCUCAGCCUGGUGUAUACUUUUGCUUGCACUGUGACCCCGACGUUUGCAGUGAUUGGCAAGGCCAUCUUUUCUGGGAUAAUUCUCCUUGUGAUGACGCAGUAGAUCCCUUUCGGCGUCGUGACCUCCUACGAUUAGCCAGAAAAGACCUCCGCGAGCCGCGCGUGCUGUGUAGGAAAGGACAAGGAAUUGAGAUCAACCGCGAAGAGGUCGAAGGCGAGUUAUACACCUUGCGAUUUUCUCUCGGUACCCUCGUCGAUGUCAUGCAUGUCAAAUUUGAAGACGAAAGGCGGGUUGUUAGAUCGCACACAUGUCGUGGUUGAUGACGACAACCGCUCUUGGGCACGAAAACAUGCCCAGGCAGAGAUGCUGGGUAUGUACGUAUUGUAUCCUAGGAUUCAAUAAGCAUGUGUCUUGGUAAGGCCUGAUUUGACUAUGAAAACGGUAUUCAUCAAAAUGAAAGCUACAUAGUAAAUGUGUCUGCGAAUGCUUUCCACCGAUCAAGUGAGUACAUUAGCAAGUUACAUGAAGGUUGGU